AUGAGUCAGCGUAAUGAAGAUGAACAGCUUAAGCCUCUUGAUAAUCCGGCCGAUGGAAACAAUACCGCUACGGAAGAAAAGCCUCCACAACAAACACAAGGAUUUGAAGGUUUCACAUAUAAUGAAGACGUUUUAAAGUUUGAAUUACCGCCUUUGCCUGAUCCAUUGCCGAAAUGUAAAGCUGCUUUAGAGAAGUUUGUAGUUCCAAAAGAGUCUGAUCUGGUCCGACGAUCUUUUAUGCCUCUACGGACUCAUCCAGAUCAUUUCAUAGAGGUCUAUUUCGAGAAUGUCACAGAAACUGGCAAAUCACGAUUGCCCUGGGAACUUGUACGACCUGCAUUUUUGUGGAAAGUCAAGCAAUCAUUAGUUUUGAAUGUUUACAUAGUUCAAACAGGAGAGAAAAUAGAAUUCAAAUUUCAUGUAUGGAUGAAAUGGUCCGGUGGCAUCGUCAANCCUGAUUCGGUUGACAUGAGUGAAGGCUCUGAGAACAAACGAAUGUACGACUUUAUCUUGGAGAAAGCUGCCAAAUUCGAAGCUGCACCAUUCACUUGGCAGAGAAUAUGUGAACUGCUAAAUUCUCCGUCUCGGCAUUAUCGAAAAGCCGAUAAAUACUUUCGAGCGUUGGACAAAACAAUCAAUGUGGUGACUACCGUGUCGGAGGAUGGAAGGCGAAUGACUGGCAAUCCUCAAUAUGUCUCAGAAGCUCCGGACGUUUAUAGUAUAGAGCAGCUGUUUUUUGGGGACGAGCGCCCUGACUGCGAUUUCUGGGAUCCAGAUUUCGCCUACAAUGCGGUAUGUGUCCUAUAUCUAUUGUUAGAAUGGGAUGGGUACGUCAAUUGGAUGGGCGGCGAUCUUGGCAACCCAGGGAAUGAGGAAAAGGAAACAAUACCAGGGUGUAGGGUUAAAUUCAGUGGAAAGCCUGAAGACCUGAGUCCUCAAUGGUAUGCCCUCCCAAAGCAGUUCAGUACGGCUUUCUGUUGGAACUUUUUCAUCUUGUGCUUCUCCAGUUCACAAAUGUGA